AUGAAAUACCGUGUUUUGCUCCACAAAACGGAAGCAGGUUACGUCGCUAUUUGCCCCGGCUUGCCGGACAGCAAGGCGCAAGGCGCAACCGCCGAAGAAGCGUUGGAGAACGUUCGGUACGAGAUCUCCGGUUCGGUUUCCGAGCGUGAAGGGCGGUUCUGGCAGGACGGUGACGAAGACGAACGCCUGGAAGAGGUGGAAGUCGCCGUCGGUGGACGCUUCGACGUUGGCAGCGGAGGUAGCUCCGCGAGGUACCCCAUAUGCGUGAUCAAACACUCGGAGGGCUAUGCCGUCUCCUGUCCGAUGCUCCCGGGAUGCUUCUCUCAAGGUAACACUAUGGACGAAGCGUUGAGCAACAUCCAGAUCGCUAUUCGCGAAUGGCUUAUUUCCGCCCAGGAAGUGCUGCUGCUGGGUAAGCCUGAUAUCGAGGUCAUCGAGAAAGAUGAUGAAGAUCAGGACGCUGCGUAG